AUGCUUCUCGCUGUGCUGGGGAAACACUGGAUGUGUGAAGACUUCCGUUGUGCGGCAUCUCUGCCGUUGUGGUCUUGCUGGCAGAACGGCAAGGUGCGGCAAAGCUGUCGCUCUGGCCUCGCAUCGGACGAGGACCAGACAAGGACAGGACGAGAACAAGACGAGGACAACGAAGACUGGACGAGGACUACGAAGACUGGACGAGGACAAGACAAGGACAGGACGAGAACAAGACGAGGACAACGAAGACUGGACGAAGACAAAACGAGGACAACGAAGACUGGACGACGACAAGACGAGGACAAGACGAGGACAACGAAGACAAGACGAGGAAAACGAAGACAAGACGAGGACAACGAAGAAAAGACGAGGACAAGACGAGGACAACGAAGAAAAGACGAGGACAAUGAAGACUGGACGAGGACAAGACAAGGACAGGACGAGAACAAGACGAGGACAAGACGAGGACAACGAAGAAAAGACGAGGACAAUGAAGACUGGACGAGGACAAGACGAGGACAACGAAGACAAGACGAGGACAACGAAGACUGGACGAAGACAAGACGAGGACAACGAAGAAAAGACGAGGACAAGGAGAACAGGAUAAAAAGAAAACGAGGACAAAAGGACAAAAUGAGGACAAAACAGGAACAGAUGAUGAUAGAGCGAGAACAAGAGGACAAGACGAGGACAGAACGAAGACAAGACAAGGGGAAGAUGAGGAUAGGAUGGAAAGAAAACGAGGACAGAACAAGGACAAGAGGACAAAACAAGAACAGAUAAGGACAGAGAGAGGACAAGAGGACAAGACGAGGACAAAAGGAGGACAACGACGAUAGGAUGAAAAGAAUACGAGGACAAAGGACAAGACGAGAACAAAACGAGAGCAGGUGAAGACAGAACAAGGACAAGAGGACAGGAUGAGGACAAGACGAGGACAAUGCGAGGACAGGACAAGAGGACAAAAUACAAGGUUAAAACGAGUCCAGGAAGAGGACGAGGGCAAUACGAGGGCAAAAGGAGGAAAAGACAAGGACAGAACGAGAACAAGACGAGGACAAUACGAGGACAGUAAGAGUAAAAUGCGAUUACAGGACGAAGAAAAGACCAAAGUAGGGCGAGGACAAGAGGACAAAACGAGGCCGAGAAGAAGAUAAGACGAGGACAACACGAGGACAAGACAAGAACAGAAUGAGGAAAAGACGAGUGCAGAACGAGGCCAAAACGAGGACAGGACGAGGACAAGAGGACAAAAC